GGAAGCUACUUCCGGUAUUGAGAUGACGCGGGACCGACUCGGCGUGUGAUUGGCUGUUUGAGAAACGUCACUGAUGAUGACAUUCACGAUUAUUUCCUCUUUCCCGGAGAUAAACUUAGUAAGCCAAUAAAGUAUGUACGCCGUUUAUUCAGCUUAGUCUUUUUUUAUUUUUAUUUACAUUGUUGUCUGAAAUGAGUUAAAAGUAGCAAUUUGUCGGUUUUUACCACCGUAAGGGAAGUUAUUAAUUUAAAAAAACCAAAAAGUUUGAUACACUUGUUUGUGACGCAUCAUGUCGUCGAGUUCAUCUUCAUGCAUUGACUAUGAGUCGAUUCCAGCCAUCGCUCUGAACUACAGCGUGAGAAAAAGACUGGCUUUGUAUUUAAACCCCACGAACACGGUGGCAGCAGACUGGACCGAAAUCGCCGAGAAAAUGGAGUUCACCUACCUGGAGAUUAAAAACUACGAGAAGAGAGAGAAUCCCACCCGGAAGCUGCUGGAGGAAUGGCAGACCCGAGCUGGGGCCACGGUGGGCAAACUGCUGUCCUUCCUGGAGCAGGCAGAGAGGAAAGACAUCAUCUUAGACCUGCAGCAACUUAUAGAUGACGACUGCAGGAAGUAUUUAGAGAGGCAAAAGGAGCUUCCUGUUCAGGUGCCCGAGGUGGACAGCGGGCACCAGGAUCGAGAAAUUGUGUAUUGUGUCCUGGUCUCCUGUUCAGGUCACAUGCCGGAGAUGUUCGACGCUUUCAUUUGCUACUGCCAGAACGACUUCCAGUUUGUCCAUGAGAUGAUCAGACAGCUGGAGCAGACCGACUACAACCUGAAGCUGUGCGUGUUUGACCGUGACGUCCUGCCCGGGACGUGUGUGUGGACCAUCACCAGCGAGCUCAUCGAGAUAAGGUGCAAGAGGAUGGUGGUCGUCAUUUCUGAUGAUUACCUGGACAGCGAUGCUUGUGACUUCCAGACUAAAUUCGCCCUCAGUCUUUGCCCAGGGGCUCGGACCAAACGGCUGAUUCCUGUGGUCUACAAGCCCAUGAAGAAGCCCUUUCCCAGUAUUCUGCGUUUCCUGACCGUGUGUGACUACACCAGGCCGUGUACACAGUCCUGGUUCUGGGUUCGACUGGCCAAAGCCCUUUCCCUUCCCUGAACACGGGUACAUCCAUCUCGCGGAGUGACGCGACUGUCAUUAAUGUUUACAUGCACUGCUGCACGUCCUGAUCAUUUCUGGUUUCAGUUAUUACACAAUUAAUAAUCCGUUUCAGUAAUAAUAAUAAUAAUCAGUACAUGCUGAGCCUGGUUCUUUUGCUGCAAAAGUCACAGCUGUUGCCAAAUUGAUGCCUUAUUUUAGAGUUAUGUUGUUAUUGCAAAAAAUUAUGUUCAGUUCAACUAAAUGGUCGAUAUACGGUCGUGAAAAAAUAAGUACACCCCAUGAAAAUUGUUGGCUUAUUUGAUGUAUUUGGACAAGCAAACGUUUGAUCAUCUUUGAAACAGCGCCUGUUAAUGAAGUUGAUAUGCUUGAACAAAAACGGGAAAAUUUGCUUUUUCAAUCAUUUAUUCAACAGAAAUAUCAAUAGAUAUAGUGAGAUUCUUCUGUAGGAAAAGUAAGUACACACUUGGCCUCAGAAGCUAGUACUGCCCCCUUUAGCAGAAUUAACCACUUGUAGGCGUUUUGCAUAACUGUCCACCAGGCUUGCUGGGAUUUUUGACCACUCUUCCAUGCGAUAUUCUUUGCUCCGACCCACAACAUUUCAAUGGGAUUCAAAUCCUAGGCCAUUUCAUAACCCGCCAUUCCUUGGUGGAUUUACUAGUGUGCUUAGGAUCAUUAUCCUGUUGAAAGGUCCACUUUCGGUUCAACUUUCAGACAGAUGGCCUCACAUUAUCUCAAGCACUCUUUGAUAUGAUGCAGAAUUCAUAGUUGAAUCAAUAAAUGCAAGCUGUUCAGUCCCUGAGGCAGCGAAGCAACCCCAGACCAUAACAUUUCCACCACCGUGCUUCACAGUCGGUAUGAGGGGCUUCUCCUGAAAAGCUGUCUUUUCUCUGUGCAAAACAUAUCUGCUGUUACUGUGGCCAAACAACUCUAUCUUCGAUCCAUCUGUCCAGAGAACAUUAUUCCAAAAGGUCACAUUUGUACAAUCUCUUUCUGAUUGUAGAAGCAUGCACUUUGACACCAACAGUUGCAAGAUUUACUAGCAGAUCCUGUGAUGGAAUGUUGGGGUUCUUGGAGACUUCUUUUUGCAUCAGACGGUCUGCUCUUGGGCUGAAUUUGCCGGGAUGGCCAGUCGUUUGAAAUCUGCGUCAUUUGUAGAUAAUUUUCCCUUACCGUUGAAUGAUGCAUUUCAAAUAAUUUAGAGAUCUUUUUAAAUCCCUUGCCAGACUCAUAGGCAUCCACAACCAUUUUUUCUGAAGGCCUUAAAGAACCCUUUAGAUCUUGGCAUGAUGACACGACACACAAAUAUUUUGAGCAUUAAACACAUAUGGAUAGUGCAUUUGUGGUCAAAAGUAUGUGGACACCUAUACGAGCUUGUCGGACAUCCCAAUCCCCAAACCACAGACGUUAAUCCGGUGUCCUGUAGAAAGUCACUCAGCUCUUCAGUACGACCCAUUCUGCUGCCAAUCAUUAGGAGGGGCGUCCACAUACUUUUGGUGAUUUUAUGUUGAGUGCAAUGCAAUGUUUCGUUUGUUUGACUUGACUUGAGGGAAGAAAUGGGGGAAAAUAGCUUCAGAUUCUACUACAAAUAUGUAUGAGAUAAUGUAUUAGUAUAUUAUAUUUUUACAGCAUAUUUAAACUUCAAAUAUUAUUCCUUCAGCAUUAGACAAUUGUAUUGUAUUUUUCUCCACACAUCAGUAAGAAUGUGAAAUAUGAUUUCUGGAAAAUACCAGGUUACGGAAUACUUGUCCAACAUCCCUGCCAGAGUAUGAGUGUAAAACUUCCUAAAUGUUUCAUAGUGAUAAAUAGCAGAAAAUAUGGUGCUUCAUUACAAAAUUUGACUCGGCACUGAUUUAUGGUUUAUGCAUUAUUUAUAAGAAUCUGUAUGAUUUCAGAACUUUUUUUUUGCUUCUCACAUUUUUUUAAUGGCUUUUUGGCAGCUGCAUGUUGUUACAGUGAUAUUUCACACGGUUUUAGUCAAAGACUUUCAUCUGUUACUUGUACUGCGCGAUGCUUAUUACUUCUCACUGGAUCUUUUUCAUUUUCAUGAUUUCUCAUGAAUCGAUGUGAAUCAAUGUACCCAAAGAUCACUGCACGUCCCAGGCUCAGAAAACUAUCAUUAAUAUUGACAAUCAUGCAUUUCACACUAAGAUACUAUAUUAUUGUAUGGAAAAUAAAUAAGAAAUUAAAUGACUUUUCUUCUUGUCUUUCAGCGCUGAUACAAAGAAUGUGCGUGAUUAUCAGUGUACUCUGGCAAAGCUCUGUUUUAUUUUUUGGGUUUUUUUUUUUUAACUUUACAUCCAUAAGAAAUAUUUUAUGGAUUUUGUACUCUGUGUAACUGGAUCCUUUCUUAAUAAAUAAGUGUUGUACAAACAGGUGUUCAUCAUGAAAUUAUUACUACUGGCUGAGUCUCACAUGAAUAACAUAAGCACACAGACUUUAAAAUAAAGAUGAUUACAGUAAAUUGUUGUUAAUAUUGCACACUAUAUAUCGGUUAAAGUACUACUGCAGUGAUUUUGCUGAAUUGUGUUCGCAGGCAAGUGUUAUAGCAUCAUAAAACAUACGGGCCAAUCAGAUUCCAGUAUGCAAAUAUAGGCCACGUAACACGUAGUUUAGAGGCGAAAGAGGCGGGUGCGCGUAGGAUUUCUAAUUCGCAUAUUCACAGAAUUUUGAUUUACUAAUGAAAGUAAUAGUAUAGACACUAACGUAACUUUUUUUUCUGUCGUCUAAAAAAAGCUAUUUAUUCUUUCAUUUAGGAAAUGAUUCCAGAUCGAAGGAGCAUCAAACCCUUGAAUAUCAGCUGAUCCCUAUACCCGUCUGGUAUUGUUAUCUUUAAAAACGAUUACGCUUCAAAAUUUUAUUAAUCGAAGCAAUACACAGUGUCACAAAGUGUAAAUUGUUCUUUUUUUUUUUUUUUUUAAUCCUAACAAUAGAAAAAAUGUCCAACUCUCUUUAUAUGUAAACAUUUCUGGAAGAAAUUUUUAACAAAGUCAAACCUAACACGAUUUUAGAGUUUUUAAGAAAAAUAAGGUUUUAAAAACCUUAUAUAGAGUCCGUUAGACAUUUCUCGCCAUGAAAGUAGCCAUAGAAGCUGGCAUGGCGUUAAAACACAAACACAAAAAUACAUUAAUUUUUCCAAAUCCAAUUCCAACUCGCAAUAUGUUUUCCCCAGUAUCCCAUCCACAAUUUUUUGCUGGUAUCUUUUUUUUUUUUCCUUCUCUCACCCUGGUAUAUCAGAUCCAUCUUCUCUCAUCCUGGAUAUCAGAUCCAUGCCAUCUCUAAUAAAAACAACCACUUUUUUUUUUUUUUUUUUUUUUUUUUUUUU